AUGGAUCUUCCGCCGCCCUCGGUCCUGGCCCAAUUGCCUCGUCCUCUCCAAGUGUCUACUGGGAAGACCCAGGUUGGCGAAGUUUUCAGUCUUGCGGAUUCAAAGAAAAGAAAGCGGUACGAGGUUGCCGUGGCCGUUGAUGGGGAAGGUCUCAAUAUAUAUAAUGUCCAAUCCCCCAAACUUAUCACCUCACACGCUGUUCCUCCCCAGUCUGUCUUUUCUUGUCGCCCAUGUGCCCUACGCCGCAGGGUUAAGGAAAAGUCGGCGGUAAAACGACAUAUUUAUUGCGCCGUCGAGCGUCCGCAGAAACAAAUCAAGGGUUUCUUUGAAGAGACUGUGCCAGGCUCGACUGCUGCUCCGACUAUCGCCACAUCCUCAUUUACCUUAAAGGAUUCACCUAGUCCCACUACAUUUGUAGGAAUAAUCCCUCGGGGUCAGAGUGAAGACAGUACCGAUGAGUCUUUCGAUCUCCUUAGUGUACACAGAAAUGGACAGGUGCGGAGGUUUACGUCGGACUUGAACACGCAGUUAUGGAAAAUCCAACACCAUGAAGUGGACAAUGAAGUUUGGGCGGCUUUCCUUGUUGAAUUUGACGAUGCUAGGAAAUCUCUGUUCAAAAAGAGACCCGAUCUCGCUGCAUUGGCUAUGGGGGGUAUAUCUGUGUCGCCUAUGAACGACCCGUCGGUGCUUUUAUUAGUUUCGCAUCCAGGCAGCAAGCAAGGCUCGGGCCCAUUGGCUUUGAACGACGUCAAGGUCCACAUUUUCUCUAUACCAGCUAAUUGCGACAAAACAGUUGGUAGUAUCGAUGACUACCAACGACUGCGCCACCUGCAUACUGUGCAGCUGCCUGAGAUUGACAAUCUAGGAAUUGAGCUCCAAGAACCACAAUGGACUUUCCACUCUGGAUCCGCAGGAUUGAGUUUAUCAUUUCAGAAAGGAUACAUCAAUUGUGAUCUGUCUCAAUAUUCGCCCUCAGUCACGUCGAAGUUUGUUCUCAAAGAUGAGAAUUUCUCUUCGAUUAUGCGUAUAUCGCCAUAUUCUGUCAUUGGAGCAGGAAACAGGCUCGUUGCCUUAUACGACACGCACUAUUCUUCAAUUCAGCGCAGUAUUUCUACCCGUGACUUGUCAACCAAUAAAUCAUCCAAAGAGAUUGAUACGAAGGCCGCCAUGACCUUUGUCGGGCAUUUUGCCAAGUUAGGGAUAGUUCUUGCUGUUAAGGGCAACGCACUUUUGGCCUUUGACCUCUCCUCCACUCAUACGAUACGUGGAACUUCGUUAAAACGUCAGCGAGACGGGCUGCUGAUAGAUGCGAUUGGGCGGGGUGUUGGCUCGUCGGCGUCAUGGAAUGCUGCCGCACCAGCAAAUUCGCUUGGUAUAACGAGCAGCAAGGAGAUUAAUAAGUGGAAUACCUUCGAACAUGAACUCGACAAGACAAUUAGAGCGACAGAUGCAGCCGCAUUUGACUCUGCAGUUGCAUCUUAUUUCGACGUUACCACGAAGAACUUAUCAUCCGUUACUCAGACCUCCGCAAACUCGGAAAAGAUACUGUUCAUUCUGUCUAAAAUAUUUACAGUGCAACAGCAAGAUAAGGAAAAUAUCGGGGACAAUUCGUCCACUCUGAAAGUCUCUCUAUGGCCACAGAAAACAUGUAAAUGGUUGAUAGAAUUGGGACUGCUGAACAUGGACCAUAUCGAGACUGCUGCUGGUCAAGCAAACAAACCACGCAUUCUGCCCCCAUUCCAAACCGGUGCCCUGGUGCAGGCUCUUGCAGAAUUUGAUCCGUCCAUGAAAACUCUUACCCUCAUACUCAAGGGCCCUGCUUCACUAAGUGCUGAAGACCUCACCCAUGCUCUGAAGGUCUUCAUUGAUCUGGCUCGGGUAAGCUCAGCUGUUUUAGACCAGCCAGCAAUGAUGACUAUAACGGGCACCGCCGACGUCGAUAUGGGGGUCGACGGGGACUCCUCUCAUCACAAAACGGGCAAUCAAACCGUAACAAAAGCCUCCACUACUGAGGCUUCUCUUCAAGAUGCAUUCAUCGGGCUAAACCUAACAUUGUCACAACUACACAGCUGCCCCAUGAACCGCAUCAUCUCCGCGCUACGCUCGACACUUUCCAACACCGACACCCUCGCAAUCGUGCACCAUCUCCGCGUCUCCCUCGCUACAGGAGGCUACACCGCUCGAUUCACCGAAAGCCCUCCAUUCCCUCUGGAAGCCAUCAAAGCCGCGCCUCCACUAUCCCUAGAUGCCAUCGCCACGCUGAUGAACGCCAGUGUAGAUGCCAUUGGACCAUCUGGAUGGAUUUCCGCGGUCGAAUUUGCCGGCGCCGCCGUGAACGAGCCUGAGAUGACCUCCCACAUGCAAUCCGAAGUCUCAGCCGCUCUGGACGGUGUCGAAGAAGCAGCGUAUAUGAAGGGCGUGCUAGGCGAGUUUAUUCGGUACGGCAAUCAACCAGCCGCAAAAAGGUCUUCGAAUUCACAAGCUCUAACAAAAGGAAACCGUACUGCUAACGCUGGUGUUAAACGUGAGUAUGACGCGUAUGGCAAACUAUGGGAAACAUACACCUUCCCCAAGGCCGGCGAGGAAGACGGUAGAAUGCUACCGUUGUCGCUCAAUGCAUCGCAGUCCGGAAUCAGCCGUACCAAAAGAGAGAAAAUUACUGGAGCAGUCGAGCAGAGAUCGGUCCGAGAGAUGGCCUAUCUUCAGCGACGAGCUGUUCCGGAGUACUCAGUUGUCAAGAUACACCUGUAA